CACCAAUAUAGUACGGACUAUAUAUUUUUUAUUUCAGUCUGGAUUUAAUGGCACAUCUUUAACAAGGACUGUGUCAAUAAUAUCAUGAAAGGCUUCCGAUGCAAACUAUUGCUGAUAGUUUUGUGCAUUUGCAUGUUUUGUGGACUUUACCUGAGCUAUAUGUCGUAUGAUCAAGUAGAGUCAAAUGAUUUAAGAGUAUUAAAUAAAAUUAAAGAGGUAUCUGCUCCAUUAAGACAUUCGAAAACAGUCAUGUAUAAUGUUGAACAAAGACUCAGCGAACUAAGACAGUUAUGCAGCUCUAUAGAUGGAAAAGAUUUAAACACGACCAAAACCAGCGUCAAGUAUUCGAGAAUAAAUGAUGUCGAACAAGAUGAAAGUGAUAGCAACCUCAUAUAUGUCUUUAUUUCAACAUAUAACCAUCGAAACAUGCUAAAAACAAUUGGAGGUGACGUCUUGAUUGUAACAGCCAAACAAACGAAAGGGAACGGAAGAUCGAGCAGUCACGUGGUUGAUUUCAACAAUGGAAGCUACACGGCGUCUCUUCGUAUAUGGUGGAGUGGAUCAACAGAAAUAAGUGUGAGGGUAGCAUCUUUUAUUGAGAAUUAUUGUCUUCGUGACAAAGCAGUUGAAAAAUUUGGUAAUCAGGUGUUCACCAUGGAAAAUGGAUGGGGAAUCAGAGGUCUGUUUGUGACGUCACAGGGCGAACGUGAAUAUACACCUUGUGGGCCAACCGCUUAUAUGUAUGGUUACGACAAACUUUGCAAUUUUACAUUGAUAAAUGAUGGAAUGUCCUGGUAUUGUGGCAAACCAAAGAGACAUGGUAUUUAUUGUGAGGAUAUAUAUUCCUUUGGAACUGGGGCUUUUAAAACAGGUGACGCCAAAGCUUCUGAGAAGGUUUUAUUGCCGACUGUUUCAUAUUUCAAUGACCAAGUGUCGAUUAACCACACACUCAUGGAAACAAAUUCCAAAGGGAAUAUAUCAUGUUCUGAAAGGUCCUCGUCUCAGUCUUGGACAGAAAUAGACGCGUAUCCUAGUGGGUACUGGUUGGAAGGUCAGUGGCACUUUGUAAAGUGUUUUUCAUCGUGCGUGCCUACAAUCAAAAGCUACCGCGAGUGCUUAAAGAAUAAAACCGUAUACUUCUUUGGAGAUUCUACUAUAAGAAAUUACUUUGAAUUCUUUGCUAGAUCUAUUUUAGAAAACGAUUUCAGUAAGAAAAGUCUUCGUGAUGGUCUAGGUAAAGGAAGAACGUAUCAUUCAAGAACAACUUAUAGUAACUUUGGUAUAACAACAGCCUAUUUGAAACAUGAAAUGCCUUUUCAUAAUCCAGAUUUCCCUCCGAACGGAAUUACAUCAUUUCCAUCAGAACUCAAAAAACUGUCAAACAGUGAUAUUCCAGAUGACAAAUUAAUCAUUGUUGUAGGUUACCACACUCACUUUCAAGCAUAUCCUAUUAAUGUUUACAAACAGCGAAUUCAUGAACUUGCAAAGGCAUUGGAACAGUUAAUCAAGAGGAAACCUAAAGUUAAACUAUUUUACAAAGGGCCGCACGUCUGUCACGAUGACACAAGGUGGUUUGAUAAUAGGUUGAGCUUAAUUUAUCAAGAUAUCGUAAAGGAAACAUUUCAACAUCUUUGGGACAACGUAACGUAUUUGGACACGUGGUCUGUAACGGCUACACAUGGAAAUAGCAAUCUCCAUCCAUCUCAUGAAAUAUUUGAUAGUCAGAUACAACAACUUAUGGCGUUUGUUUGUUGACUGGGAAGGUUUAAAACAUGGGUCCAAAAAUGGCAGUUUGAUUAAGGGGAGACAAUUAUCGCUUUUAAAAGCGAAGCCUACUUUUUGUGUUACCUAAUUUAAUUUCCUCGAAUAUCAUUCUUUUCAUAUUUCAAGUUUAAUCAUUCA